CCACACUCCAUCAUCACAUCUCUCUCACCUCCCCUUCUCCACAGACAAUCAGUCGGGCUGCACAACCGCCUAACCCACAGAUCGUCGCACACGCUCUACCGGGCCACUUUGCCGACACCCCCACCGGCAGUCCCAAUCUUCGUCCUCCCCCCCCCCUCCCACACUUGCGACUCCGCCCACCGCCAUCUCGCGGCGCUCGCUCAAUUGUAACCCAUCGCCCAACCCCUCCUUCCUCGUCUUCCUUCCUUUGCCAGCCCUAGACAGCUUCUAGGCCAGCACAUCUCUCGCACGCCACAACCAGUCUGAAUUGGAACCCACGUUACCCUAGCUAGCCAGCCAGUCCUGCUUCACCCAAAGCUAGCUGGCACUGCGACGAAUACCCGGAAUCCACUUCAUCGUCACAUCUCACCCGCCCACCCUCAACCUCUCUCAUCCUAGCAACCAUGUCUGCUGGAUCAAACCCACAGUACAACUCGAUCCUCAACGACCUCAACCGCGACGUAUCGCGCGAAAGUCCAAAGGACAUUCUUCAGUUCUGCGCAGACUGGUUCCAAGAUCGCCUCCGGGAAGAGAGGUCUGGUUCAAAGAACCAGGCUACCUCGCCAUCAUCGAAGGGCCCUGGCAAGCUCGACACUACGGGCGCAUCGUCAUCGUUCGGCCAGUGGCAGUCGUCGGGAGAGCUGUCGCCCGGUGAGCGCGGCCCAGAUGACCGUUCGCCCUUCGGCGGGCCAAAGGCCGGAGCAGCUCUAGCUGCUGGCGCUGGUGGCGCUGCGGCGGUUGGUGCCGCUUCUCUCUUCUCGUCGUCGUUUGGUGGUUCGGCUAGGAACGCUCCCCCGCCUACAGAUGACGCCGACCCCUUCGACACGAGCGCCCCCGCUCCCGCCUCGGGUGGACCCUUUGGCAACUCUGCGUUCGGCGCUUCGCCCUUCGGUGCUCCUUCGAACUCUCACGUGGGCAACAACACGUCUCACGACGAUGAGGAUGACCAGGACGAGCCCGAGCCUGUGAUCCCCUCAUACGCGCUCGGCCGUCGUACCUCGGUCUCUGCCGAGUCGCUUCAGCCCAAGACCCGCUCGUUUGACCCCAGCGCCAACGCGUUCAUCUCUGAGGAGGACGAGGAGACCCCAGACGCCAACAACAAUGACAUGCCUGUCUUCCCCAAGACCGAGGAGCAGCUGAGACGUAUCCGCGGCGCCAUCAAGCCCAACUUCCUGUUCAGGAACCUCGAUGAGGAGCAGGAGGCUGACGUCCUCGCCGCCAUGAAGGAGGUUACCGUUGCGCCUGGCGAGACUGUCAUUGAGCAGGGCGCUUCUGGUGACUACUUCUACGUCGUCGAGUCGGGCGAGCUGGACAUUUUCGUCAAGCGCGACGGCCAGGUGCUCGAGCCUGAGAAGGGCGACCGUGCCGACCUCGGCAAGAAGGUCGCUACCAGCAAGGAGGGUGGCUCGUUUGGUGAACUCGCCCUCAUGCACAACGCCCCUCGUGCCGCCUCGAUCGUGGCCAUCUCGCCUAGCACCCUCUGGGCCCUUGACCGUGUGUCGUUCCGCACCAUUCUGCUCGACCACACUUCGCGCAAGCGCAGACUGUAUGAGUCGUUCCUGUCGACUGUCGCCAUCCUCACUUCGCUCCAGCCUUCGGAGAGAGCCAAGAUUGCCGAUGUCCUCGAGUCGCGUACCUUUGAGGCUGGCCAGGACAUCAUCAAGGAGGGCGAGGCUGGUGAUGACUUCUUCCUCAUCGAGAGCGGCUCGGCCGUUGCCAUCAAGAACAUCGAUGGCAAGGAGACUGUCGUCAAGAAGUAUGCCAAGGGCGACUACUUUGGAGAGUUGGCGCUCCUCAACCGCCAGGCCCGUGCCGCAACUGUCCGCGCCUCGGAGAAGCUGCGUGUUGCCGCCCUAGGCGAGCAGGCAUUCACCCGUCUCCUCGGCCCCGCCAAGGACAUCAUGGCACGCAGCGCCGGCGAGCGUUACGGCUAUGCCGACGAGUACUCGGUGGUCAUCAUCGGGCUGGACAAUACGGCACUGGAGAAGAUCAAGACGCUGUACAACCCCACUCCUGGGCUACCGCCUGACCGUAUCGGCCCGACGAUUGGACAGAACAUCGGCAAAAUCUCCCUCCCCUCAACCACACUCCACUUCUUCGACCUCGGCGGGCAGCGCGACAUCCGGUCCAUCUGGCCAAAGUACUACGACGAGUGCCAUGCCGUCGUGUUUGUGCUCGACGCUUCGGACCAGGCUCGGUUGAGCGAGACGUGGGAGGUGUUUGACGAAGUCAUCAACUCGCCGCGUCUACUGCACUUGCCCUUGCUCCUUCUCGCCAACAAGCAGGACAAGACGUCGUCUCUCUCCGUCGCCGAGAUCCGAGAGUCGUUUGACGCGUGGCAGCGAUCACGACCACAGGCAGAAGAGGAGGCUGAACCAGAGUCCCCCACCGACGAGACAGGUGGAAGCCGCUUCGUCGCUGCUGGGAUCGACGCCGAGGCCAAGGCGGAGCGGAUGGCCAGCCUUGACGUCAUGGGCGUGUCGGCACUAGAAGGCACGGGAAUACGGGAAGCUGUCAAUUGGCUAUACAUCCGGGUUCAGAACUCUCGUCAAGUAAACGACCGAUUCUAGGCGAUAUAGACGGAC